UUCUUAUGGGCAAAUAUUGUUCUCGUAGGGUCACACUGACUUUACCACCUCUCUUGAAAUAAGCUCAAAUAAAAUUUUUUUUUUUUAUGAUUUCCACAAUGAGCGCCAAGGAAUCAAAAGCCCUCAUCAAGGACAUACGAGAAACAAUAAAGCUGGCCAAAUACGGAGACGCCAUACACAAAUGCCAACGACUGCUCAAAAGCGACCCAAAGAAUCAUAUGGGCUACCUGUUACUCGGCGCCGCCUACCAGUACGUGGACAAGUCCGAGGCGGCCAAAUAUCUGCGCAAAUCCAUCGAGUACACAGACGGACCGCCCACAGUCGCCCUGCAGGGCCUGGCAAAUUGCGCGCCAACUGCGGAGCUGCCUCAGAUUUAUGAUCAACUUGUGGAUUUAGUGCCUGAAAAGUGCUUGGACUAUUACGAAAAGAUCUUUGCACUGGCCUCGGAUGCGGCAUUGUCCAAGGUCUGUUUGGGCAUAUUCAAAAAGCGAGCUGAAAAUCCGAAUGACAGCAAUUUCAAUAAGAUUCUGGAAUAUCUCGGCAGAAUAUGGUUUGCCAGCGAAAUGGAGAUAUCAACUGCUGAGAGCGAGCUUUACAAAAUGAGCAUGGAACAUCUCGUGACUGCCGCAGAUGCAGAUCUAAAGGGCAUGGUAUAUAAACGCUAUCUGAGGUGGCUCUACAAGCAGCGGGACUUUGUGUCCUGCAUACGCAACGCCUGCAACAUGACCGUGUCGCAUCCGCGUGAUGUCUACGGCUACGAGUGGAUAUGCAAGACCUAUUGCGAGAACCAUGAUCGGGCGCACAGCGAGGCCUGGCAACGGGAACUGCCCCUAGCUAUACAUACAUACGCCGAGCAGCUGCUGGCACUGAACCCCAACUCAAAUUUGGCAUUGCUUGUCAAGGCAUUGGAUCUGUUUACCCAGGAGCAGUAUAUUCAGGCACGUCAGUUGGCGCUGCAAGCGCUUGAAUGCCAGCCUGGCUACAGGGUGGCCCAACAAUUGCUGGCGCGCAUCCAUAUGAAAUUGGGUGCACACAGAAUGGCGCUGCUGCUGUGGCAGGAGCUGGGCGAAGAGCACGAAGAGUAUGCGCAGUGUCUGUCAUACGGGAAAGAUGCCAAACAGCUGCAAGAAGCCGUCAGGCUUCUUAAGGACAGCCCAUCUAAAGACGAACUAAAUGUCAAGGCAUUGGCGCGCUGCUAUUUCAAGCUAGGCGAAACGCAGCAGCUGCACAGUUUGCCCUUGGAUGCGGUCACACGCGCGGAAUAUCUAUUAACACCCACCGAAGCGCUGCAAGCUAUGGCCAGCAACGAGUCUUUUGAGGCGCAACUCUUGUGUGGCAAGCUGCACAUGCAGCUGCAGCACUAUGCCGAGGCACUCAACUGCAUGCUGAAGGCCGCACGACUGCAGCCGCACAUUGCCGAGUGCUUUGAGCAUUUGGCCCGUUUGUAUCAGGCGAAUGGCGACAUUUCACGCGCUCGCAAAUGCUACGAGAAGUGCGUCAGUCUCAAUGCCUUGGCCGAACAGGCUGUAGAUGCCCUCAGCUGCAUCUAUCAGCAGCUGGGCGAGGAGGAGCUAAAUGAAGCACUUCUGCUGAAUACCCUACGUCACAUGAGCAACGACGCGGAUGGCAUUCGGUUUCAGUACAAACUGGGCUUGCACUUUUUGCAAGUCAAGAAACUAGAUAACGCGAUUCAAUACUUUCGCAUUGUCAUUAAGCACGAUUUUAAAUGCAUGGCCUAUUGGGAAUCCCUGGGCGAUGCUUAUGCGGCACGCGGCUCCUACAAUUCCAGCAUACGUGUCUUUCAAAAAAUACUCGAGCUUUCGCCCAACAACUGCUAUGCGAAACUCCAAAUAGGUGUCAUCAAGACGACGAUUCGCAUGUAUCCCGAGGCAAUUGCCGACUUCGAUGAGCUUCUCAGAGAGCAUCCGGAUUAUCUGCCGGCCUUAAAAGGCGCUGCCGAGGCGCAUAUCGGCCUGGCCCACAACCUAAAAACUCAGAAUCUUUAUGGGCGGGCCAAGGAUCAUUUCCAGCUGGCUCUUGGACACUUGCAAAGCGCCUUCUUGGACACCAAGGCUCAGGGCAUGGUUUGGUUGUGGCGCCUCACGGCCAGCGUCUUGGUGCAGACAUCGCAGUUGCCCCAGUCUCUGGCCAAUUUGGAUGUGGCUGGUAGUUUGGCCAAGCGCGAAGAGGAAAUCGCUUACCUGUCACGCAAGGAUCUAUUGCAGCUGGCGCAAAGAUUUUAUCUGUGCGCCUUGAAGCUAAAGCAAAACACAUAUUUGUGGUACGAAUUGGCUUUGUGCAGCUACUACAGCGCCGUCUAUAUGCCAGAGGAUGCAAAGGCUCAUCUGGAGACCGCCACCAAGGUGUGCAAAAUGGCCAUCAAGGAGUGCCCCAAUCGCUGGCACAACUGGAAUCUUUUGGGCGUUGUCAAUAUGCACGCCGCCAACGAGAAUCUGCCUGUGGCGCAGCAUUGUUUCAUUCAGGCAGUUGUGCUGGAUCGAAAAUCCUACACGGCCUGGACAAAUCUGGGUGUGCUGUACAUCAAGCUGAACGAUAUACGAUUGGCCAACGAAGCCUUUAAGCGUGCCCAACAAUCAAGUCCCGUCUAUCCAAACGCCUGGAUUGGACAGGCCCUGGUGGCCGAAAUAAUUGGUGAGCGAGAGGAGGCAUUUGAUCUCUUUCGACAUUGCCAGCAAUUCGGCUAUCAUCCGGAGGCAGCACUAGGCUAUGCACACUGGGUGUGCCAUGAACUUUCCAAUCCGCAUGCCAAGAAACAUAUCCAUGCGGAUGUCUAUGCCUUGGAUGCCAUAAAUUGGUAUGUUCAAAAUGAGGAGGCGGAGGCCAGCGUUUCGUCGCUAACUAUUCAGGGAUUCUUGUGCGCACGCCUGAAACUGUACCAACAGGCAAUCAAUGCAUAUAAACGGGCCUGCAAAGAGUCGGAGCCGGGUGAUGAUCGUGACAAGCUAUAUACCAACCUGGGCUAUCUUUACUUGAAGCUGGGCCAGCCUGGGCAGGCUGUUAGCGCCUUAAACACGGUGGCCCAUGCCACAUUUAAGCCCAUUAUUGGUUUGGCCUUAGCCUAUUAUCGCUCUGGUCAGCUGCAAGAGUCGUACUCGAUCUAUAACUCGGUGCUCAGCAGCGUUGUUGGACAGAAUGAUGAAAAGGCAGCAACUAUUUUGGUGGCAAUGGCCUCCAUGGUCUAUGCCUAUCAGGGCGAAACGGAUACCAAAACAUUGCUAUAUCAAUGCAUACUACUCAAAGACGUGCCAAUCCAGGCAUUGUUCUCGGCCUGUGCCCUGGGUGUACUGCAUCGGGACAACGAGCUGAUUCAGAUUAUCAUGUCUGAGCUGAGGGCUUACCACUUCAACGAGACGCACUGCGCAGAUGUGGCCUACCUCACGGCCCACAACUGCUUAAUCAAUGAGGGUCCCCGCCAGGCUCUUAACUACCUGCAAAAACGUGUACGCAUGUUUCCUCACAACGCUGCCCUGCGCAAGAUCUUUGUCAAGUUUCUGCUUGACUAUUUCCAUGAGGAUUCCGCCUACCAACGGGCCAUAGCAAAUAUGGCUUUGAUUGCCCUCAAAUUGGGCCACUCCAACAUGGGCGACAGCAUUAAAGCCAGCGAGCAGUCAGAAACGACCAUCCUUGCCAGUCGCGCUCUGGAGCCUGUGGACAAGGAGCAUUCUCUAAAACUCAUUCAAUGCGCCAUACGCAUGAAUCCAAUCAAUCAGCAAGCAAGGCAAUUGCUUGCCAGCAUAACUGCGUGAUAGCCCGAAAACUAAUUAAAAAUUAAGAACAAUAAAAUAGUUUAUUUUCUUAAUUAAAAGGAAAGAGAAAAAGUAAAAAUCCUUCGAGCCGGAGUCGAACCAGCGACCUGUGGAUGUCUACAAGAAUUUCUCACUACAGUCCAUCGCUCUACCAACUGAGCUAUCGAAGGCGCGUAUCAGUCGCGCACCCAAUAGCAUUCACUUAAUGACAGCAAAAACCCAACAUUUUCCGACCGAAAGGUGUUGCAAAACACCAAAAAGCUUUCUUGUGUAUGUGUGUGAAAAACGCAGUAUUUUUUUAUUGUUAGUGUGGUGACACUGGCCGCCAUUCUUUCUGGUCGGGGUUGAUGCAAAACCAUAGUGAAAUAAAAGCAGUAAAAUGUGUAUUAAA